AUGGUGGCAAAUGGCGGGGAAAAGAAGGGAGGCGAGAGAACAGCGGAGAAUGGGAACCGGAGCGAGGAGGGGGAGGAGGAUGGGAGAGACGAGCCGGAGAGGAACGAUUCGGGGGAGGUAGAGCAGGCAGGAGGGUCGGACGCGGCGUCGGGAGAGGACGAAAGGGAUGGCGGAGGAGGAGGAAGCGAGGGAGGGGAGGGUGGGGAGGAAUACGCGGACGGGAAUGAGGCCGACGGGGAGGAAGCGGAGUACGAAAAUGCUGACGGAAAAUUAGACGGAAAGGACAGCGAGGAGGAAGAAGACGCGGAGGAGGAAGACGGCAAGGAGAACGAGGACGACGAGGAAGACGAAGACGGAGAAGAGGACGACGAGGAGGAGGAGGACGGAGAAGAGGAGGACGAAGAGGACGAGGAGGAAUGCGACGAUCAGUCGCCAGUGGAGGAGGUCGCACUGACGGUGGCGACGUUCGACGACCCGUCGCUGCCGUGCCUGACGUGGCGCGUCGUCAUCAUCGGCAGCAUCGUGUGCGCGCUGCUCGCCUUCAUCAACCAAUACUUCUGGUUCAGGACCCAGUCCAUCAUAAUCAACCCCAUCGCUGCUAUCAUCCUCUCUCUCUACAUGGGUCGCCUCUUAGCGAGGAUGGAGCGCCGCUUCAAACCCGAUGCACUCCCCUUCAGUGUCAAGGAGCAUGUGCGGAUCGGCAUAUUCGCCAACUGCGGGUCGGCCUUCGGCAACGGCAACGCAUAUGCCAUUGACAUCGUCACCAUCAUGAAGCAAUUCUACAACGUUCAUUUGAAUUUCUUCCCAGCCUUUCUGCUCGUCACCACAACGCAAGUGCUCGGAUACGGAUGGGCCGGCAUGUUCAGACGCUACCUCGUGGAGCCAGCCCACAUGUGGUGGCCCACAGACCUCGUCUAUGUCUCCCUCUAUCGCACCCUCCACGAGUCAGACACACCAGCGCGAGGCAUGCUAACACGAGCCCAUUUCUUCUUCCUCAUAACGGCGCUCUCCUUCUGCUGGUACCUCGUGCCCGGCUACCUCAUCCCCAUCGUCUCCUGCCUCUCCUGGGUCUGCUGGGUCUGGCCCUCCUCCAUCACCGCCCAGCAACUCGGCUCUGGUCUGAGGGGCAUGGGUCUGGGCGCCAUAACCCUCGACUGGGCCACCAUGUCGGCCUUCCUCGCCUCGCCCCUCGCCGCGCCCUGGUUCGCCAUCCUCAACGUCGGAAUCGGCUUCGCCCUUUUCGUCUACGUCCUCGUGCCCAUCUGCUACUGGGGCAACGUUUUCGCCGCCACCCGCUUCCCGUUCCUCUCCUCUGGAACCUACCAGUGGUCGGGGGAUCGAUACCCGGUGCAGGCGAUAAUCACGCCGGAUUUCCGGUUGAAUGAGACGAUGUACUCGGAGCAGAAUCUUUCGCCGUUCAUCUCGGUGUUCUUUGCGUUGUGCUACGGGCUGGGGUUUGCCGCGCUGACUGCGACGGUGGUGCAUGUGGCACUGUGGUAUGGCCCGGAGAUCUACCAACGGACGAUGAGUGCCGCCACGGAGGUGAAGCCAGACGUGCACACGCGGCUCAUGCAGCGCUACCCCAAGGUGCCCUGGUGGUGGUUCCUCAUCCUCCUCCUCGUCAACAUCGCUGUCUGCAUCGCUUUCCUCGAACUCAACACCUACUUCCAGCUGCCCUGGUGGGGCCUGCUGCUCUCUGCUGCCCUCUCCCUCUUCUUCACACUGCCCAUCGGCAUAGUCACCGCCACCACCAAUCAGCAGCCGGGGCUCAAUAUAAUAACGGAGAUGAUCUGGGGGUAUAUUCGCCCUGGGGAGCCGAUUGGCAACGUGUGUUUCAAGACAUAUGGGUACAUCAGCAUGACUCAAGCCAUUGCGUUUCUGCAAGACUUCAAGCUCGGGCAUUACAUGAAG